UACAAAUUUCUUUUUCUUUUCUCAGCUCCAACCAACUCUCACACCUUUCAUCUGAUGUUUUCUCGCGCUUUCUCUCUCCCUAAUUUUUUUUCUCGAGAAUCUUCAAUCAUCUUCAAAACAUUUUUUCGUUUGCUUUCGAUUCGAAAUCCAAAUGCAUGUUUUUCUUGUUUUUGUUAGGUGACGUUGAACGGCAGUGGGAGAAUAUAAUUAAAACUUGGAAGUAAUUAACUAAUUAAGGAUGGAAAGCGCCGACGUAACCAACGGAGUUUGCUCGUCGGAGUCGGUGAAUGGGAGUCGCGAUGUUUGGAGUUGUAAAGAUUCUGAUUCUUUAUCAGCUGAUCAUCUUGUUAUCAUGCUCCACGGAAUUCUCGGCAGUUCUUCAGAUUGGAAGUUCGGAGCUGAGCAAUUUGUUAAAAGGCUGCCCGAUAAAGUAUUUGUCCAUUGCAGCGAACGGAAUAUGUCUAAGCUGACUUUAGAUGGUGUGGAUGUAAUGGGUGAACGACUGACAAAGGAGGUCCUUGAUGUUAUUCAAGAAAAGCCAAAUUUACGCAAGAUUUCCUUUGUUGCCCAUUCUGUUGGAGGACUGGUUGCUAGAUAUGCAAUUGGGAGACUCUAUAGACCACCUAAAGAAGAAGAUAAAGAGGAUAUGUCUGGUAAUGGGUGCAAAGAGGAACCAAGGGGUACAAUUGGUGGCUUGGAGGCUAUGAACUUCAUCACUGUUGCAACUCCUCAUCUUGGUUCAAGGGGCAAUAAGCAGGUACCAUUUCUUUUUGGUGUAACUGCUUUUGAGAAAGCUGCAAGUUGUGUUAUUCAUUGGAUAUUUAGGAGAACAGGCCGGCAUCUUUUUCUUACUGAUGAUGAUGAAGGAAAGCCUCCACUGCUUAAGUGGAUGCUGGAAGAUCAUGAUGAGUUUUAUUUCAUGUCUGCAUUGCGUAUAUUCAAACGUCGGGUGCUGUAUUCCAAUGUGGGCUAUGACCACAUUGUGGGCUGGAGAACAUCAUCAAUAAGACGGGAUAGUGAACUGCCAAAGUGGGAGGAGUCUCUAAAUGAAACAUAUCCACAUAUUGUGUAUGAAGAACACUGCAAGGCCUGUGAUGCUGAUCGGUAUGAAAAUAUUUCAACAGAGGAUGACGGCUCAUCUGACAAGCUAGAAGGGGAACUGGUGAGGGGCCUAUCCCGAGUAUCAUGGGAAAAAGUAGAUGUCAGUUUUCACAGCAGUAGACAGAGAUUUGCUGCUCAUAGUGUCAUACAGGUUAAAGAUGAAGUUUUGCAUAUAGAAGGAGCAGAUGUCAUCCAACAUAUGAUCGACCAUUUUCUCACUUGAAAACCUGUGGUCUUAGAAAUACAAACUAUAUGCAACUGGGAUACGACAUUCUCUUAGGUGAGUGAAGAUUAUGUUGCUAGUGAGAUCAGAUCCCCUAUUCCUGGGCUGUUAAGUGAGUGCUUGAAAUCCCAUUGGUUGCAGUUGAAUGGAUCACCACUUUCGUUGGUUCUCAGCAAGCAUGGCUAUGACAACUGUGAUUAUAAUUCCAGCAGUCAUGAAGAAAUUUUGUGCAUUCAUUAAUCAUUAUAUGUUGUAUACAUGUGCACGUUCAGCGAUAUAUUCCAACAGUAUAUGCUUGCGUUUACUUCUUUUUUGUGUUAUGUGCUGUAAAGAAAUUAUUUUUGCAAUUUACAUUUCACAUGGAA